AUGACGCGCCCUUCCUCACCCACCCCCACGCUCGUCGGCGGUAUCCAGAUCGGCCGCCAAAUAACGCUCGACCGCACCCCCGCCGGUCUCAUCUCCUCUUCCCUCGCCCCACAACCCAACGCCCCCUCCUCUCCCCUCCCCAACCCCUACGCCGGCAAAGGAACAGCCGAAUCCCCCUUCCUCGUCGACUGGCUCCCAGAAGAACCAGCCAACCCCUACAACUGGAAAAGCAGCUACAAGUGGUUCGUCACCGCCGUCGUCGCCAUCUCCACCCUCUGCAUCGCCUUCUCCUCCUCGUCCUACUCGUCGGCGGUCCAGGACAUCCUGCGCACCUUCCCCGGCACAAAUCUGGAAGAAGGGAUCGCCGGACUCAGUCUGUACGUCCUGGGCUUUGGUGUCGGCCCAUUGCUCUGGGCGCCGGUAUCCGAGAUAUGGGGGCGGAACGUCGCUUUCGCAGCGAGCUUCCCGCUGUUUGUGAUCUGGAACAUGGCGGGUGCGCUGGCGGGGAACAUCCAGAGUGUGCUGGUGUUUAGGUUCUUGGCGGGCACUUUUGGGUCGGCACCACUCGUGACGGCCGGAGGGCAGAUUGGGGACAUCUGGGCACCGCACGAGAGGGCGCUGGCGGCGAGUCUGUUUGCGCUGGCCCCCUUCUUGGGGCCAGUACUGGGGCCGAUCGUCGGCGGGUUUGUGGUGGAAGGGAAGGGAUGGCGAUGGGUCUUCUGGGUUAAUAUGAUGUUUGCGGGCGUCAUGCUCAUCCUCACCCUCAUCUUUGUCCCCGAAACCUACGCCCCCACCCUCCUCCGCCGCAAAGCCCUCAAACUCCAAUCCGAGGCAGACGCAUCCGGCACCGGCGAGGUCUUCAUGUCUAAAUACGAUGUCGGCCGGAAACCCAAAGCCGAGAUUGUCAAGGUCGGGCUGGCUCGGCCCUUCGCUAUGCUCUACUCGGAACUUAUCGUAUUCGCCCUCGGUCUCUACGCCGCUAUCGUGUAUGGAACACUCUACCUCUUCUUCACUGCCUUCCCUAUCGUCUUCCAGCAGGGUCGGGGAUGGUCCCUCUCCCACUCUGGCCUCGCCUUCCUUGGGAUCGGCGUCGGUCUGCUCCUCGGGAACCUCCUCAACCCCCUCGGACAGAUCUACUACAACAACGCCGUCAAGAAGCACGGAGCAGGAAACGUCCCUCCCGAGGCUCGCCUACCUAUGAUGUGCCUCGGAUCUAUCCUCCUCCCUAUCGGUCUCUUCUGGUUCGCUUGGACAUCCCAACCAAGCGUACACUGGAUCGUCCCCAUCCUCGCUUCGGUCCCAUUCGGUGCGGGCUUCCUCCUCAUCUUCACAUCUAUCAAUCUCUACCUCAUCGACUCAUACUCGGUCUUUGCGGCGUCUGCGCUCGCGUCCAACGCCGUCAUGCGCUCGGUAUUCGGGACGGUCUUCCCUCUCUUCUCAACACACCUGUACCGGAACCUCGGACUCAACUGGGCGGGAACACUCAUUGCUUUCCUCAGCCUGGCUUGCACACCCAUGCCGUUCCUCUUCAUGCGGUACGGGUCGUACCUGAGGCGGAAUUCAAAUCGCCACAUAAACGGCGUUUCAAUUCCAUCCCGUCCGUUCGCGCGUGAGGGCGACAGAACAUCACAUAUGCUUGUACACGCCCAUGGACAUCGCGUCAAGGACGAGGAUGAGAGCAGCGGUCAGGCGGGACUUUGUGCAGUUCGAGGGAGGAUCAGUUCCGAUGGAGGUGUUGGAGGAGAUGCUGCGGGUUGA